UUUGUCAUGCAACAGAAAUGGCAAAAUUGUCAUUCAACCUGCUUUUUUUAGGAUCGAUUUUUUUUGUAUUUGAUUUUUUUUUGUUUGAUAGGUAAUUCAUUAGUGUUAUUUACGUCGAUAUUAUAGCUGUGAUGAAAGUAAUUCGACCAGUUUUGAAGAAAGAAUGAUACUGACAGUCUUUUGUUUUCCGUUCUCUCAUGCAGGGAACUAGUUUCUUGCCUUCGUGGAAAUCUGCGUGACGCAGCGGGCAGCUUUGGUUUUCUCUUUUAUAUCAAUAUUGUUGUGUCGAAUUUCUGUUUGCAUUAUUUUUUGUAUGAACGUAUAAGUACGCGCGCGCACAUACACAUUCGCAUACGCACAUACACACACGCACGCGCACGCGCACACGCACAUGCACGCGCACGCGCACACGCACACGCACACGCACACACACAAAAAAAAAAACCACACACGCUGAUAUACACACAACACAAAUGCCCAGUAAAUGUACAGGAAGUAUACAAGAAUGCAUAUUACGUAGACUUUAGGCCUACAUAAUAAUCUGUGACAAAAUAUCCAUAAAUAGACACAUCCGCUUCGGUUAAAGAACACAUUGCUUUUAAAUUUACCAAUGUCACCUUGUACUUGCCGUGUUUGAUGGAAUGCCUUAAAAAAACAUGUAAUCGUAAGAGUAAGUAUGUCAUUUCCACUUUGCAUGACUGUUACUUGGACAGUUUUUUGUAUGCUGCGUCGCUUCGCUGCGGCUCAGGGGCUCGGCACUGCGCACUCUGAGACACAUCCUGGAAUGCUUGUGGUAAGGCCGUUGUCAGAGGAGAUAGAGAGCGAUUUUUCUGAGGAACAUUUUGAAGGCACAAGUGAACGGGGCACAUACACACACACGCACGCACCCACAUGCAUGUGCACGAACACGUACACAUACAGGCUAUGGGCGUGUCCGAGGAGACCCCGACGGAGCUCCCCGCGGAGUACCAGCGGCACCAGCGCGUGUGGCUCGGCGGCCUGACAGCCCGAUCGGCGAAGGUCGUGCAAGUGACGCAAUCGCGAACGGCGAAUAACCACAGAGAGUUGUCCGUCGCCCGCGGAGAAUACCUCGAAGUGCUUGACGACAGCAAGAACUGGUGGAAAGUGGUGAACGUUCUCGGGCAGGUUGCGCACGUUCCUCAUACGAUAGUGAAGCUUUACGCGGCCGAGCGAGAUGGCGACGAAGGGCAGCAUCAGCAGCAUCCCGGUCCUUCUCCUCCUCCUCCUCCUCCACCUGAUCCUUCGCUGUCUCCGGGCGAGGAAGGUCCUGUCAGCGGGGAAAACAGGCCCACUUCCAACUGCAGGAUGUCCAAAGAAGAUCCUAAAGGGGAUGGACAGAUCAACCCGGGUUUCCAGGGCGAUUCUUACGUUGCCAGGGACACUGUGCUGCCCAUGACGGAUAUCGUAGACACGCGUGUCGUCGUGGGCGCGGAGGACAGAUCUUCCUUGGAGGAUGGCGUAGCGACAAACGGAAGGGCGGCGGGCGUCGAGGGAGGGCACCACCAGGAGGAGGAGGAGGAGGAGGAGGACUACGGGAUCCUGACAUUGCUGCCUUUCUAUCCUUGGCUCAAGAAGAGGGUCAGGUCGGCGACGGAGAACUUGAUGCAGUCAGGCGACCACAGCUGCCAUAGAAGUAAACAACCAGGAGGGGUAUCCACGAAAGUUCUAAUUCAUGUAAUAUGA